AUGUCGACUUACGCAAAGGAGCUCAAUACCAUCAUCAUUGGAGCAGGCCCUGCGGGCAUUGCCAUGGCCUAUCGCUUGAAGCAUGAGCUCGAUUUUCAUGACUUCACCAUUUACGAAAAGCUGGAUGGUGUUGGAGGCACAUGGAGGGCGAACACUUAUCCUGGCUGUGGCUGCGAUCUCCAGUCACACCUAUACUCCUUUAGUUUCAACCCGAACCCCAACUGGUCUAAACAGCUGUGCGAGCAACCUGAGAUUCUCCAAUACCUGGAAGACACCGUGGAUAAGUUCGACAUCCGCAAGCACAUUCAUCCCUCUGUCGAAUGCACCGGAGCGAGAUGGUGCACUGAGAAGUCCAAGUGGGAGGUGAACUUUAAGGACCUCAAGACCAGCGUCGAGUUCUCCCGCUAUGCGUCUGUCUUCGUGUCUGCAGUCGGGGCCAUCUCCUUCCCGAGGGACACUAAGUUCCCAGGCAUGGAAAACUUUCAGGGCCACAUGUUCCACACAGCACGAUGGGAUCACUCUGUCUCGUACUCCAACAAGCGCGUUGCCGUCAUCGGAAAUGGCUGCAGCGCUGCGCAGGUCGUACCAGCCGUGGCCAAGAAGGCCGCCUCUGUGAAGCAGUACGCCCGCAGCGGUCAGUGGUUCCAUGCUCGGCCCAACCGCAACUACACAGAGCUCGAGAAGUUCAUGUUCCGCUGGGUGCCCCUCUGGGAGAAGCUUCUCCGUCUGCGCAUCUUCCUCGAGGCUGACGAGGAGACUACCACCUACUUCCCGACGCCCAGGGGUCUCAAGGUGCGGACCCAGGUCGAGGCCGAGUCCAAGCAGUACAUGAAGUCCAAGACGCCAGAAAAGUACUGGGACCACCUGAUACCAAGGUUCCCGCUGGGGUGCAAGCGCCGCAUCUUUGACCCCGGCUACCUCGACUCCCUCUACCUUCCCAACGUUGACCUCCUUCCCGAGGGCAUCCAGGAGAUCACCGAGACAGGCAUCGUGAGCACCUCUGGAAUACGGGAUGACUACGACAUCAUUGUCCUCGCCACUGGGUUCCAGGUCUCGGAGUUCCUUGUGCCCAUGGAGAUCGUGGGCGCAGAUGGCCGAUCGCUGCACCAGCAGUGGAAGGAAUGCCGUGGCGCCCAGGCCUACCUGGGCACCCACGUCCACAACUUCCCCAACCUGGCCAUCCUCUUUGGCCCCAACACAUUCCCUGCCAAUAACUCUGCGCUGUUUGCGUGCGAGACGCAGGUCGACUAUGCUAUCAAGUCACUCUUUGUGCCCCUGAUCGACCACAGGGCCGAGGUCAUCGAGGUCAAGCAGGCGGUUGAGGACUACACGACAAACGCUAUACACAAGGAGCUUUCCAACACCGUCUUCGCUGGAGACUGUUCCAACUGGUAUAUUGGCAGCUUUGGCCGGAAUGCUGCCUCCUGGCCUGGCAAGGCGGCUUCCUUCUGGGCUAGCACGUACUUCCCAAACUGGUCUGCCUUCAAUCUUAUCGGUGGCAGCAGGUUGUGGCCACUCUAUGCUCUUCGCCGGCAGGGCAGGAUUCCCGAUGUGGCCAGCGGUCUUCGGGCUUGGAUCGCCCAGGUUUCAUAA